AUGGCCCAACGCGCCUCGCUCGGGGCUGCCGCUGGCCUGGCGGCCGUCGUUUGUUUGAAGCAGGGCCAGUCCUUCGUGUCCUCGCAGGUUGCGCCCCUCGCCGCCGUCGAGGAGACGCUACAGGCUUCCCCUGCGCAGGCGGCCCCCGCCCUCCGCGGCGCCGCGCACGCCCAACAGCCCAGCCCCACGGGGAAAGCCGCGGCCCUGGCAGCGCCGGCGGCCGCUGCCGCCCUCGCCGCGGCGGUCGGGUCCAAGCGCCGCGGUCGCGCCAGCAAGCUGGCGGCGGGCCAGGCCUCGUGCGUUGUUCCGGUCCAAUCGCGCGCCAGCGUGGCCCGCCGGGCCUUGGACCAGUCGAGCCGCUACGCGGACCUCUCGUUGACGGAGGAGGACCUGAUCAAGAACGGCCAGCACGUGCUGGUGGCCUACAUCAUGAAGCCCAAGGCGGGCUACGACUACCUGGCCACCGCGGCGCACUUCGCGGCGGAGUCCUCUACCGGCACGAACGUGAACGUGUGCACCACCGACGACUUCACAAAGACUGUGGACGCGCUCGUGUACUACAUCGAUCCUGAGAACGAGGAGAUGAAGAUCGCCUACCCGACGGCCUUGUUCGACCGCAACAUCACCGACGGCCGCGCCAUGAUGUGUUCCGUGCUGACUUUGAGCAUCGGGAACAACCAGGGCAUGGGUGACGUCGACUACGGCAAGAUCUAUGAUAUUUAUUUCCCGCCGCAGUACCUGCGCCUAUUCGACGGGCCGUCGUGCUGCGUGAUCGACAUGUGGCGCAUCCUGGGCCGCGGCACGGUCGGUGGUGGUCUGGUGGUCGGCACCAUUAUUAAGCCGAAGCUCGGCCUGCAGCCGAAGCCCUUCGGCCAGGCGUGCUAUGGCUUCUGGCAGGGCGGCGACUUCAUCAAGAACGAUGAGCCGCAGGGCAACCAGACUUUCUGCCAGAUGAACGAAUGCAUCCCGAAGUCGUGA